GCCCGCUGCUGAGGUUCGGGGAGGAGCUGAGUUGGGCGGGGACUAGUGCUGGAGGAGGGGCGGGGUGGGAACGCUCCGAGAACCGGUGGCUGCACAGACGGAAAAAAAAAAAAAAAAAAAAAAAAAAAUCCGAAUGGCUGGAGAGCGUUCAACUCUUGCCAGCCUUUUUGGGCAGAGCACGGAUUUGACAGCUUCACAACGUGAGGAUAUCCGUUGACUCUGUGAGACAGAAAACACUUCCCGAGACUCCCUGUCCAGCAAAAGCAGCGCUGUAAGAUUGCAACUUUCCAACUUUGUUUUUUUCAAUCUGUCCGGAAGACCGCCCCUUCGUGUAGGAGAGAGUGAGAGGAUGAUUAAUCGUGUAGAUCAGUUCAAAACAUUAAUUUAAAAGACACUUCUGAUUCCUAAAUGAAACCCAGAUGUAUGUUUUCAUGACGUCUCGAGUUCUCUGAAUCUAUUGGAAAUUUCAUUUUAAAAAUACGAAGUGCUUUUGGGGCAUGCUGAAAAGUGAAGAGUGUAAAGAAAAACUGAUUGUCAUGGCUGAAGGAGAGAAUGAAGUGAGAUGGGAUGGAUUGUGCAGUAGAGAUUCAACUACUAGAGAGACAGCACUGGAAACCAUUAUGCAAAUCAUUUUGAGGAAAACCGAGUGUCUUCGAUCAGUGAAAGAGACAACUCACCGUCCUCCAGACGAAGUUUCAAAUGCUAUUUCUUUGGAUGAGCUGAAUAAGCUUCUUGCACAUCUGCUUAUGCUGGCAAAGAGAUGUCCCUUUAAAGAUGUAAGAGAGAAAAGUGAAUUUAUUCUGAAGAAUGUCCAGGAACUUGGAAUUAGAAUUCCUCGACCACUAGGACAUGGACCAAGCAGAUUCAUCCCAGAAAAGGAGAUUCUCCAAGUGGGCAGUGAAGAUGCACAGAUGCAUGCUUUAUUUGCAGAUUCUUUUGCUGCUUUGGGUCGAUUGGAUAACAUUACAUUAGUGAUGGUUUUCCACCCACAAUAUUUAGAAAGUUUCUUAAAAACCCAACACUACCUACUGCAGAUGGAUGGUCCUUUACCCCUACAUUACCGGCACUACAUUGGAAUAAUGGCUGCAGCAAGACACCAGUGUUCCUACUUAGUGAACCUGCAUGUGAACGAUUUCCUUCAUGUUGGGGGGGAUCCCAAGUGGCUCAAUGGCUUAGAGAAUGCACCUCAGAAACUACAGAACUUAGGAGAACUCAACAAAGUGCUGGCCCACAGACCUUGGCUUAUUACCAAAGAACACAUUGAGCGGCUUUUAAAAGCUGAAGAGCACAGCUGGUCCCUGGCAGAGCUGGUGCAUGCCGUAGUUCUGCUCACACACUACCAUUCUCUUGCCUCGUUCACAUUUGGCUGUGGAAUCAGUCCAGAAAUUCACUGUGAUGGUGGCCACACGUUCAGACCUCCUUCUGUUAGCAACUACUGCAUCUGUGACAUUACAAACGGCAAUCACAGUGUGGAUGAGAUGCAGGUCAGCUCACCCGGAAGUGUUUCGGUCAGUGACUCCUUCUUUGAGGUGGAAGCCCUCAUGGCCAAGAUGCGGCAGCUGCAGGAGUGUCGGGAUGAGGAAGAGGCCAGUCAGGAGGAGAUGGCUUCGCGAUUCGAAAUGGAAAAAAGAGAGAGCAUGUUUGUCUUCUCCUCAGAUGAUGAUGAGGGUACCCCAGCAAGAGACGUGUCUCGUCACUUUGAGGAUACUAGUUAUGGCUAUAAAGAUUUCUCUAGACACGGGAUGCACGUUCCAACCUUUCGAGUUCAGGACUAUUGCUGGGAAGACCACGGCUAUUCUUUGGUAAAUCGCCUGUAUCCAGAUGUGGGGCAGCUGAUUGAUGAGAAAUUCCACAUUGCCUACAAUCUUACCUACAAUACAAUGGCGAUGCACAAAGACGUCGAUACCUCAAUGCUUAGGCGAGCUAUUUGGAACUAUAUUCACUGCAUGUUUGGAAUACGUUUGUCUGUCUUAACAGGUAUGAUGACUAUGACUAUGGUGAAAUUAACCAGCUGCUGGAUCGUAGCUUUAAAGUUUAUAUCAAAACCGUUGUUUGCACUCCUGAAAAGGUUACUAAAAGAAUGUAUGACAGCUUCUGGAGGCAGUUCAAGCACUCCGAGAAGGUUCAUGUUAAUCUGCUUCUUAUAGAAGCGAGGAUGCAAGCUGAGCUCCUGUACGCUCUGAGAGCCAUCACCCGCUAUAUGACCUGAUGGCCCUCUUCCUCAGAUGCCUGGAAGGAUGAGCAGAUGGCGUCCUGGGGGGAGGCGCCCAGCCGCAGGACCAACGGCGGGUGCAAGGACUCGGAAGCCAUUGUGCCAGGCUCCUUUAGUUUCCGCUGUCUGACUGUGGAAAAGCUGCUGCUGGCUCACACGCAGAGCGUGAAGACAGGCUGCUGCUCACGGCGAGUGCUUUGUGACCGCCCGAGAUGCUGUGCGGCUGUUUCAGUACGGCAGACAGUGACUCUCCAAAGCCUGCUGCUUUUGUGUUAAAUGAGAUAACAAGAAUUGGAGCAUGCAGAGAACGGGGACUUGAAUAACGAUUUAAGGUUUCUAUGUAACAAGUUUAGAGGAUCUUGGUGCUGCUAUCCUGGCUGGCGGAAUAGUUAAGCUAUUAGUGAUUACAGUGAACGUUGCUACUAUCUGAGCCUACAUACAUACUUUGUGUGGUUUCAAAUUAAACUUGCAUACGUGUUAAUUUUUUGCAUCUGAAAAAGCAUAGAAUUCUUACCGCUCAGCAAAGACCAUUUGAUGGUAACAGUUCAUUUCUUAUAGUUAUUUUUAAAUUCAGUUAUUGGAGGAUAUUCAAUUACAGUGGCAUUCUUAAAAUGUUUUCUUUACUAAGCAAUCUGAAAGGAAAGUGUGUGGAGUGUAAGAAACCCCGGGUGUCUGGACACAAGGUUCUCCGACGCUGAGGACGGGCCGGUCCUUGGCAGCGCUUUUGCGCUGGGAGGCUGCUGUAGACUGCUGCGCAGUCCUGGGUGCGCUGGGCCCCUGUGCCUGCCUCCCAAGCCCUCCUUGAAUAAUAAAGCUGGAAAGUUAGGUUAUCAAAUUGGAUUUACCAAAAUGCUAACUUUGAAAUACAAACAAAUUUUAAAUAUGUAUUAAAUACUUUGUAUUCUGGAAGCGUGAAUUGCUUUUGAGGUCUGUCAGUAUUACUGGUAUUUUUCAAUAAAGAAUAAUUUUCUCCAA